AUGAACCCCCCGUCGCCAGACGUACACAAGGCACUCGACGUAGUAGACCGUGUUCCACUUGAACAUCCUGCGUCCGCUCUCUUACGCGCUUACAUCCUGGAGUCUGUCCAACCUCAGGCGGCUGCAGAUUACGUACAACGCCGAUUGAGCGCCGAGGGAUAUGCUGGUUCUCUUGUUGCCGACUGGAUUCAUGUCAUUGAUUCAGUCAUCUCUGGCAAGCAGCCGCGAGCCCCUUCACCUGAUGAGAUCGAUGCCAUUACCAAGCGGGACGGAAGUACAUGCUGCGUAACAGGCAAACAGGGUAGCCUCUGGGACCCCGUAAUUGUCGCUCCGAUUCUGCCCGUGCCAUCUGGGUGGCUCAAAGGCGAGCCGCGUAUUAUAGAGCUCCUCGUAGCAUUCUUUGGUCCCCAAUAUCUUGAUUGGUGGCGUUUCUUUAUCGACAGGGCCGACGUUUAUUCUCCAUAUCACACUCACUGGCUCGUUCGAAAGAGCGUGCAAGAGGCCUUGCAGCGCGGCAUCAUCAAACUGACAAGGUUACCGUCAUCCAUGAUCGAGUUUAGAGUUGAGCAUGUUCUCAUUGACGAUCAGCAACCAGUCGAUGUGAACGGCGUCAUUGCUCUGCUCGGUGACCAUUCACGGCAAGGAAUUGAGAAGGCUGACGCACGGCUUAUCGGUUCGCACGCCCGCUUCUGCAGAAGUAUCCAGCUAGUGAAUCUUGCCAGGGGCAUCGCCCCCGGUCUGUUUUCUGAGCCGAAACCAAUCACAGAUUUCCAACAACAGCAUUUCCCAGUCCGCAUGCGCUCUAGUAGCCUCGGCCUGGGACAGGCGUUCAUACGUCCAACAAUGCUUUUGUGGCGGUUCUUCCCAUCCACGGUUCGUAUUGCGGCAUACGAGCUAUUGCGAAAAAUAGGAAACCGAUUCUACGGAAAGGAUGGAGAUGCGCAGGUUCAGAGAUUACCGUUUGGACUAUACCUCAAGUUCAAUUCCAACUCGGACACCCUGAGGAACGAGUAUAAUGCUCUCAAGGUUUUGGAACAUAAAACGGGCAUUUCUGCGCCACGGGCAUUUGAUAUUGUCUCCCCGAACACUCGUGACAAUGCUUUCAGUUAUCUCCUCAUAAGUAGGGUUCCAGGCACAACAUUGGCGACAUGUCGGGAUGCACUGUCUGACCAAGACUACGCCAACGCCUCCGCUCAACUCAAGGACUGCGUCUCACAGAUGCGGGACAUUCAAAAGCCGAUCGACUAUGGUAUGGCUAUCUGCAAUACGUUGGGGGAAGCCUGCCGCGAUCCGCGAAUUCGAGAUUGGGCCCCCAUCGGACCUUGUCCAGAUGAAGCGUCGUUUAGCCAGCAUCUACGCUUCUCAGACGAGCCCAGCCGGCGUGGGCACAAGAUUGUUUUUACACAUGGAGAUCUCAAUCCUCGCAACAUCAUGGUGGAAAGAAUUAGAAAUUCUGCUGGAGCUGGAGGGUGGCGAUUGAGUGCCAUUAUAGACUGGGAAACAGCAGGAUAUUACCCUGACUACUGGGAUUUCACCAAGAGCAUGUUUGAGCGAUUUCGGUGGCCAAGGCGACAUAACAAGAUGAUGCAAGACGUGUUCAGCGAGUUCGGUGAUUAUAGCGAGGAAUUAGCUGUAGAGAGGCGAGCUUGGGAGUCAGGAGAUGGAAUCUAA